UCCAAACGCCCAUCAAACUUUCACCACAGCCUGUAGAGAGGACCCAGUCCUCUGAAAGAGGCCUGUUAGAGACAACAAGGACACGCUGGGAUCGGGGUAGACGGCUGGACAGCGAUGGAGACACUACUGGCGGUUACUUUUGGUACAGUUUGACCGCGCUGUGAUUCUCCCUGAAAAUAUCCUGUUCAGUUUUUUCGUCCUUUUGCGACAGUGUGACGGGAAUGGAGCAAGCACCCAGCGCGCCGAGCCCUCCUCCAAAGCCGGCUCACCAUGAGCCCAUCAGCUUCGGCAUCGACCAGAUCCUGGGAGCCGGUACAGAGCCAGAAAACGGGCGCACGUCUGGAAGACAAAGUGGAUCCGAUUUAAGCAACGGGGACGGUUAUUACAGUUUAGGAAGCCCGACCGGGUCCAGCGCGCCCUCGUACACCGCGCUGUCUAUCUCCCUCUCCGGUAUAAUGCCUCCGGUGGAGGCUUCAGGUUCAUACGGGGAAAGCAGGAGUCUGGGCAGCCGUGGAGUGAUUCGAGUCCCGGCCCACAGACCCAUGACAGCCCCGGGACCCCCGGCCCCCGUCCAGAGCGCUGUCCCGGGUUUUGGAGGGCUGUGCUUCCCCUGGAUAGGAAACCGGUUCGCCAAGGACAGAAUAUCAGCGGCUCUGGUGCCGUUCGCCGUUACGCGACGGAUAGGACACCCGUACCAGAACCGGACACCGCCCAAACGGAAAAAGCCCCGCACGUCCUUCUCCAGAGUUCAGAUCUGCGAGCUGGAGAAGCGCUUCCACCGGCAGAAGUACCUGGCCAGCGCCGAGCGGGCCGCCCUGGCCAAGAGUCUGAAGAUGACAGACGCACAGGUCAAAACCUGGUUCCAGAACCGCAGGACCAAGUGGAGGAGACAGACAGCCGAGGAAAGGGAGGCGGAGCGUCAGCAGGCCAAUCGCCUCAUCCUUCAGCUGCAGCAGUCCGCCCUCCAGAAGUCCCUCAUCGAAUCAGCGGUGUCGGAUCCACUGUGCGCCCAUAACUCCUCCCUGUAUGCCCUGCAGAACCUCCAACCCUGGGCCGAGGAGAGGGAAUAGACGCCAGGCACAACGCUGUAAUCAAUAAGCAUCAGCUCUUAUCCCUGGGAGGAUAAAUCAAUUAAAUUAGACCCACAUGAAGACAGUGGGACUUACUUUAUUCCAUGCAAUGGAUAAAAAAAAAAUGUUGGACCAGAUAAACUGAAGAAUGGGCCCCAGCCAUUUGAGUGGACGGUUGGAAAAAUGGACCUGAAAUGAUGGUGAGUGAUGUUUGUCUUGAAGCAGAAACAGAACUUUCUUGGAAUAAAUCUCGCAACUCUGAACUUGGGAAUCGUAAGACUUUUUCAAAUCCAAACAGGAAAUAUAACUUGUCUUUAAAAAUUCUCGUCACCCUGUGAUUGUCCUCUUAUGCUCUUACUUAUUAUGUGUAUUAGAAUAAGAGGAGAAAGAUAUUUACCCCAUAGACCUGAAGGAGGCAAUUCCUUCUCAACAGUGAGACAUGAUUGAGAGUUUUGUGAAGGUCUUUACUCUCAACAACCAACUCUUUAUUCUGAAACAGACUUUGCAAUGCUUUCAAAGGGUUGGCUCUGUUAUGUUAGGGGAAGAACACCAGCCAUAUAAAAGCAAGGCCUACAACCGAACACAUAAAAAAAUAGUAGGCUAAUUGCAUAAAAAUAUUAUAAAUAAAACUCCUGCACUGUUUUAUCAAAAGACACCAAAAUAUAUCUUUACAAAAAUGCAGAUAAAAGAUAAUUCAGAGAUUUCCUUUUAAUUGUUCUGGUGCUUAAACUUUUUUCAAAUCUCAUUUAUAAAUAUACCCACUCCAAAUACAAUGCACCAGCACAAUCACCUGUACAUACACAGGUGUGGUGCACCACCAUAGCCCCAAAAAAGUAUGCCUAAAAUGUUACAUUAUAUGGGAGAAAUGCUUUUGUGCGCAUUAAUAAAAGGAAAAUAGAUGUCAGGAUUAGAAGGGAGAGAAGUGAAGAAAAUAUGAAAGAGACUGUGAGUUGGGUAAUAAAGGGAGUGAUGCAUGUUCUGUGAUGGUGGUGACGUUAUUUUCUUUUCAUAUGCACAUUAUCAUGCUUUAUUUGUGUGUCCUUUGGGGAUUGAGGCACAAAUGUACAACUCUUUUUGUACUUUCAUUGUAUAUGUGUAAAUAACAAUAUAAACUGUUCAUGUGACCCUUUUUGCUCAUGCUCUUUAUGGUGCACCAUAAAAAACAAUUGUACGGUUUUAAUACGCAAUAAUUAUAAGCUAUGAAAAAAAAUAAUUAUGGAGCGACAAGGUAAAAUAUAGCAGACAUGGAUUCAUUUUGUUUCUUGCAAAGUUUAUUGAUAAAUAUAAUGAUUUUAUACAAUAUUUCAAUACACACAUUAUUUCAUUCUGACAGUUUUAAGAUGUCUAUCUGUUUGUCUUCCUGUCUGUCAGUCUAUCUGAAGUGUGUCUGGGUACUUUUGAGAUGAGCACGUCUCAGCAAGGAUUUUUAUUACACUAUUGGUAGCACAGUGAGUGGGCAUGACAGUAUAUCAUUUAUAAAUCUGUAUUUCCUGCUCAAUCUUCAAAACGAUGGCUCUUGUUCGAAACAUGGCUUCCAUUCCUUCAGAUUCAGUGACAAGGUCUCUCUCGUCUUCUGUCUUACUCUCUCAUCUUCCUCUAAUCUUUCUCCACAAUCCCUCCUAGCUCCCCUCUCCUGUCGCUCCCUCACAGUGAAAGGCUGGUCGCUCCGGGUCAACAUUUUUAACAGAGAGAACUGACGACGAAACUCUCCUCUCUGGCGGAAACACGGCCAGUUGAGCUGGACUGAUUGUGGUGUCCCCGAGAUGAAGCUACAUGCUAGGAAAAAAACACUUAUAUGCAGGCAAACGUAAACUUUAGGACAACAAAACCACACAAAUAAACACAUGCACGUCCCUGUGUAACUCUGCAUCUGUAUGCCAGUAAACCACUAAAUGGACUCUUUAUUUAUUUAACAAUGAGUGUCAUGUAGAAUAAUUAGUUGUAUCCAAUUUGACAGAAAGAUAGACAGAUAGACAGAAUCAGAAACACGCAGACAAGACAUGAAUAAUUCCACACGCCAUUAAGAGGCCACAAAUACAACAGUUAAAUAUCUACAGUCGAGUCGUUACAACAUUGAAACACUGACGGACACCACUGGAACACACACACAAUAGGUGUAAAAAGGACUGUUGCAAGCUGCCACGAGACAAAAGACUGCAAGCUGGCUGAGGUUGAAUUCAGCUCUACAAACCUUAACAGGCCUGAUGAGGUGGCUCAGUGAGAUGCUACACUCAGACCUUGGCCUUCCCAAAUGUAUGCACUUAGCGGAGUAUAUUGCCACCAAGUUUGUUUUACGGCACAUACACGUUAAAUAGGCCUCUGUCUUGCAUGCUUCACAAUAUUGCUCACGUUUGUUGUAUUGACACAGAAAUUCAUGAUGAAAACAGCUACUACGUAAGCCUCUAAUGCACCAAAGUAUGCAUUGGGUUGAUCUCACUGCUAAGCUGCUUCUGGGAAUUCCAGUCCUGCUUGAUAAUACGGUUCAAUUUACACGUUUCAGAAAAGUAUUGGACCAAAUGUUAGGGGAAUCAGUAUUUACACAAUGCCAUGAAAUGCGCACUGUCUGAGGCGACAGCAACAAAGAAGGGAGAUGGAGACGAGGUAAAUGGUUACAGAGACGUCAAAUAAAGGGUUUAAGUCCAAAGGGCGUUUUCCAAAAUGUUUGUCGCCACAGAUGUGUUACAGCAAGAUGCCUUCUAUGAAGUUGUGUGGCAACCGUCACAGAGCGACAAGAUCCAAUUUUUCAUUUCAAUGGCAAGCUAUGCUGUUCCUUUUCUCUUGCAUGUUCAUCUCUCCUUCUCCAUCUCUAUCUCGGUCUGUGCUUUCGUCUAUUGCGCCGUCUCCCUCUUCUUUGUUGUCUAGAUGACAUUUUCAAAGAGCUGUAGAGACCUCAUGAUGUUUUCAUCCUGUGCAAAAAAAGAUGGGAAGUAAAGAGGCUGAAUGUGAGAAAGUCAUCCAACAAUCACCAUUUCAUUUAUUUUACUGGCCACUGGAGGGCAGUAAAGACCUGUGAAAUGUUGGUUCAGUGAUCUAUAUGCAGACGGACAAACACAUUUUAUCAAAGGUAGCAACGAUCUUAAUCAAUAGCCAGUAUAGUGAGACCUGCAAAGGAAGAAGAUAAGCAAAAAAUAGUAAGAAAAUUAGUGACUUUUUUUGUUUAAAAAGCUACAAUAGCCAUUUUUCACAGCAGACAUUUUGUCACAGUAGGAAAAGCCAAAUGUUACUAAUAACAUUACUGAUGGCUCUGCUCUGUAAAUGGAAUCAAGCCAUAUUUAAUUGAAUAAUUUACACCUGUGCAUUAAAGGGAUCCUCAGGAUUAUGUAAGAGAGAAGUGAACUUUGAGGAAUGAAAGACAAGCGUACCUCUUGACAAGAGAGGAUGAAUUCAUCCAGAGUGACCACACCGUCUCUGUUUUUGUCCAUUUUCUGUGGAGAGCAGCACACAUAGUGUCAGUCCAUUUCUCAAAAAUAUUAAGAUAUUAAUCAAAGACACAAAUUAGUUUAUAAAUACAUAGACUGAAAUCAGUGGCGUACUCUGUGAGGUCACUGUCAUCGUGUCAUUCUCAGAGCUCUACUGCAGAAACACCACAGCACCUGCUACUAGUCAGUGGGUCCAGCACCCACAUGUCUUCUUUUAAAGAUGUUUUUUCGUGUUUUCACUCUUUUAUUUGCUCUUUAGCCAUUAAGGAUAUCGUUGCUCAUGCUAACCUAGUUUGUCUUCUGCUGUUCCUGCUUUUGGAAAUGUAAAGCAUGCAAUUGACUGGUGCAUCCCUGUUUGGUCAAUCACCAAUAAUUGUGUUGUUGAGUUUUUUAUUAGUCUUAAUUAAUUAAAUGACUCCAAUGUUGUUACCUGAAAGAAGGCCUCCACGUGCUGUUUGGGUGCAUCGUUUUUCAAGACAGGGUAAGUGUACUUCCCCAUCAUGUCGUAUAUCGCUCUGACGAUGUCUGUCAUCUCCUAUGAAACGGAACACAAGUACAAACACACACAAAAGAGAUGUGUGACAUAAAAAUACAAACACAAAGAGAAUAUGACCACAAUCGGGGAAAUAAUAAAGGUCAGGCAUGCACACAUACACAAAGACACACCUCUUUGUUGAUGUAUCCAUCUCUGUUGAUAUCGUAUAGGUUGAAGGUCCACUGGAGCUUCUCAGUGAUGGAGCCCCUCAGCAGGAUCGACAGAGCUGUCACAAAGUCCUGAUGGAGACAAAAAGGGACAGAAUAAAAAUCCGAAAUUGGAGAGCUAGUUUGGAAAAUAAAAGAAGAAUAUGAUUUGAAUAGUCUAAUCAAGCAAACCUCAAACUUUAUAGAGCCGCUGUUUGCUGUGUCAAACGCGUUGAACAGGUAGUGUGCGUAGGUGCUGGCAUCUGCAGGAAUGCUCGUCAGUACAUUUUGGUAGAAACAUUACGGGUAUAGACUCAAACAGCACAGAACACACUCUCUUUACCUCCAUGUGGAAAGAACUGGGAGUAUAUUUGCUUGAAGGUUUCCUCAUUUACGACGCCACUUGGACACUCCUGGAAAGAGAGGGGGGGGGCAGAAAGAGAGGGUGAGGAGGAGGGACGGUCAA